AUGUUUUUUUUUUUUUUUCUUUUUUUCAUCUUUGCCCAAUGUUUUUUUUUUUUUUCAUCUUUCUUUUUUUUUCUUUCUUUUUUCUUUCUUUCUUUCUUUCUUUAUCUUUGCCCAAAUGUUUUCUUUCUUUCUUCUUCAUCUUUAACCAAUGUGUUUCUUUCUUUCUUUCUUUCUUUCUCUUUGCCCAAAUGUUUUCUUUCUUUCUUCUUCAUCUUUGCCCAAUGUGUUUCUUCUUUCUUUCUUUCUUUCUUUCUUUUUUUCUUUCUUUAUCUUUGCCCAAAUGUUUUCUUUCUUUCUUCUUCAUCUUUGCCCAAUGUGUUUCUUCUUUUUCUUUCUUUCUUUCUUUCUUUCUUUCUUUAUCUUUGCCCAAACGUUUUCUUUCUUUCUUCUUCAUCUUUAACCAAUGUGUUUCUUUCUUUCUUUCUUUCUUUCUUUCUUUACUUCUAUCUUUGUUCAGUAAUGCUUAUUUCUUUUUUCUUUCUUUCUUUUAAUUCCUUAUUUUAUCUAUUUUCAGUAUUUUUCUCUAUCUUCUUCUUCUUCCUCUUCUCGUUUUCAUAUCUCAUUUUCCAUAUAAUUUUCUUUCUUUUACUUUCUUUCUUUCUUUUUCUUCUUCUCUCACUUUAUUCUUUCUUUUUAUUAUUCCCUCAUCUCCUUUUCUUUAUUUAA